CCGCCCCCGCCCCCGCCCCCGCGGCGUCCUGACCCCGGGUUCCAACCUGCGCAGCGGUUAGCGGGUCGCCGCUGCUCACCGCCGGGGAAGACCGGCCUGACCUGCGGGUCGCCCGUUGCCGUCCUUUUCGCCGCCUCGACGGGGCUUCCAGGCCGCCAUGGUUCUGCUGCACGUGAAACGGGGCGACGAGAGCCAGUUCCUGCUGCAGGCGCCGGGGAGCGCGGAGCUGGAGGAGCUCACGGUGCAGGUGGCCCGGGUCUACAACGGGCGGCUCAAGGUGCAGCGCCUCUGCUCAGAAAUGGAAGAAUUAGCAGAACAUGGCAUAUUUCUCCCGCCCAAUAUGCAAGGACUGACAGAUGAGCAGAUUGAAGAACUGAAAUUAAAGGACGAAUGGGGUGAAAAAUGUAUCCCCAGUGGAGGUUCAGUAUUUAAAAAGGAUGACAUUGGACGAAGGAAUGGACAAGCUCCAAAUGAAAAAAUGAAGCAAGUUUUAAAGAAGACUAUAGAAGAAGCCAAAGCAAUAAUAUCUAAGAAACAAGUAGAAGCCAGCGUCUGUGUUACCAUGGAGAUGGUGAAAGAUGCCCUGGACCAGCUUCGAGGUGCAGUGAUGAUUGUCUACCCCAUGGGGUUGCCACCCUACGAUCCCAUUCGGAUGGAGUUUGAGAAUAAAGAAGACCUGUCAGGAACUCAGGCAGGACUCAGCGUCAUUAAAGAAUCAGAGGCACAACUGUGGUGGGCAGCCAAGGAGCUAAGAAGAACCAAGAAGCUUUCAGACUACGUGGGGAAAAAUGAAAAAACCAAAAUCAUCGUCAAGCUUCAGCAAAGGGGACAGGGAGCGCCAGCCCGCGAACCUAUUAUUAGCAGUGAGGAGCAGAAGCAGCUGAUGCUGUAUUAUCACAGGCGACAGGAGGAGCUCAAGAAACUAGAAGAAAAUGACGAUGACACCUGUUUAAAUUCUCCGUGGGCAGAUAACACUGCUUUGAAAAGACAUUUUCAUGGGGUAAAAGACAUAAAGUGGAGACCAAGAUAAAGCUCACCAGUUGCUGAAGCUUUCAAAACUACUAGCCCACCUUCCUUUUACAAAAUAAUUAUAUAAAAAGGACACUUACUACCUUUGAUGAAAAAUGCUGACAUUUCUACUUUCCCAUUUUUCUUUUCAUUUAGAAUUUUAAAGUAACAGUUAUUCAAAGUUUUUAGAACUUAAUAAAUAUAUCCUCAAAAGAAAAUGUGUAAACUAUUUUUGUUUCAGGAUAGCUAUGAAGUGUCUCAGGGUUUUUUGAUAAAAUAAUAAUGACGUGAUUACAACAUGA